UUGGAUAAUUUCCUAUAUAUUCCGUCACGAAUUCGAAUUCGAAUUCGAUUAUGAAAAGAGUGGUGUGAAUAAACUACAACCGCACCGCAAUACAAACUAGAAUAAUUGCAAGAAAACCCUAAUUACCAGCUUCCCACAAAUUCGUUUCACGUACCACAUCAUAAAUCGCCCCCCAUCAAGUUUUAGGGUUUCUCAUUGUAAUUAUCAGGAAACUUCGAAUCGGUAUAGACUGUCAUUACCGAGAAUCGCUGUUUACAGUUGAAGAAUUUUCGAAAGAUGGAUGCUCAGAGGGCUUUGCUUGAUGAACUCAUGGGCUCAGCACGUAAUUUGACUGAAGAAGAGAGAAAAGGGCACCGCGAAAUUAAGUGGGACGAUAAGGAAGUUUGUGGUUGCUAUAUGGUCCGGUUCUGUCCUCAUGAUUUGUUUGUCAACACUCGGAGCGACCUAGGGGCGUGCCCGAAAAUUCAUGACCAGAAGUUAAAGGAAAGCUUUGAGAUGUCUCCUAGACAUGAUUCAUUUGUUCCAAAGUUUGAAGCUGAACUCGCUCACUUCUGUGAAAGGCUGGUUUCUGAUUUAGAUCGGAGAGUCAGGCGUGGCCGUGAACGCCUUGCACAAGAUGUUGAAGUCCAGCCUCCUCCACCAAUUUCUGCUGAAAAGGCGGAGCAGUUGUCCGUUCUGGAAGAGAAGAUAAAGAACCUGCUGGAACAAGUUGAGUCUCUUGGUGAAGAAGGGAAGGUGGACGAAGCUGAGGCCCUUAUGAGAAAGGUGGAAUUGCUGAAUAUCGAGAAGACUGCCUUAACUCAGCAACCACCGCAGGAUAAAUUGUUGAUGGUUGCACAAGAGAAAAAAAUGGCACUAUGUGAAAUAUGUGGUUCUUUUCUAGUCGCAAAUGAUGCUGCAGAGAGAACACAGUCGCAUGUUACUGGAAAGCAGCACGUAGGCUAUGGCAUGGUUCGGGACUUCCUGGUAGAGUAUAAGGAAGCCAAGGAGAAGGCAAAAGAAGAAGAAAGACUGGCUAGGGAGAGAGAAGCUGAGGAGCGAAGGAAGCUGCAGGAGAAAGAACAUGAUGGUAAACGCAGAAGAAGUGGCUCAUCUGAUAGGGACAGGCCUCGCCACCGGGAUUAUGACAGGGAGAGGGACCGAUAUCGUGAACAUGAUAGAUAUAAUGAAAGGAAUGGUAGAGGAAGCCGAGAGGGGGGAAGAGGGUCAGAUAGGAGGAACAUUAGUUCAAGUAACGGAAGGGAAGGCAGUAGGGAUAGAUAUCGUGAGCAUGAGAGGAGCAGAUCUCGUUCUCCUGCCAAACAUGGUCGCAGGAGGUCAUCCAGGAGUCCAGGCCGUCCAUAUUAGAGGAUUGUGUAGAAAUAUAUCUGGAUUAUGAAGAGGUAGAUGCUUUCAUAAACCACCAUGUUUAAUGUAUGUGAUUUGAGAGUAAGUUUGUUAUCAUUAUGAGUGAUUGUUUUCUGUUCUCACAGCUCUUUUGAGACUAUACCAUCUCCUAUCACCAAUAUAAUUACAGGAGAAAGAUGAGGUAGGCAUUUCAUUGCCAUAAUGCUAAUCAUUCAAAGUUUUGUUUUGACUUUUUAUGCUUUACAAGUGAUCUUGUUUCCAGGCUGCGGCUUUUUUUUCCCCCUUUUUUUGGUUUGGUUUCUUCAGAUGUUCCGCUGCAAAACUGUUGCCUUCUCUAUGGUAACUCAGGGCAAGCAAUGUCAUUUCUUACUUAUGAUUGUGCUAAUUUGGCAAUUGAGUACGUCUACUAAUAAGAUCUCAUUUAGAUGUGGGCCAUGUGGCUGUUGCACUUGCAUGAUGCUCUUGAACCACUGGGGUAAAUCUCUUGUCUAAUUUGUUUUUCAUAUUAUAUAGAACUGGGCCUAUUAGUUGAUAUAUGCAGAUCUUGACCGUAUAUAGUGUAAGGACAACUAACUUGUCCUAGGAACAAUCACAGGCAAAAUUUUACCGCGGUAGUGCGAUUUAGAUGAAAUAGUGGUCUAGGUAUGGAGCAUAUUCCUUCAUUUAGUGCAGACAAUGCGUUCUUUGUGGUAUAAGGUUUGUUUUGAAUUCAUUGAAGCUAUAUUCAGGUCAUCAGCACAGGAGCAUGCAUCUGGUUUUGUGAAUUUUAGUAAAUGAAUCUCCAUCCUUGCCAAGGCCAUUAUUUCAGGAUUAUGCAUGCAACGAUGUUGAGGAUUGCAUUGAAUUACCUAUCAUAGCUUCUUUAUCAUUCAACCUUGCUGCUCGUGGAAUAUUUUGCUUCCUAUACAGAACAUGUGAGGGAAUGAGUAUCUUAGGUUCAAUGUUAUCUUUGUGAACUAGUUAUGAAGACGAUCCCUUGGCUAUAUUUGGUUGUUAUCUGUUGUAUUUGCCAUGUAUAUCCAAGUCCUAGCCAUUUAGCUUAGGGCUAUUUUAUUUGGAAUAAAUCAAGUCAAGUCAAAUCUCUUGCUAUGAUAGUUUGUUCAAUUAA